AUGGCAAAUAGAAUCAAAGGGGUGUUGCCCAAAUUUAUAAACAAAGCCCAAGUUGCCUUUGUAGGUGGGAGGAAAAUAGUGGAAUAUGUGCUUCUUAGUCAAGAGUUGCUCGACCACUAUGAUAGGGUUUCAGCCAAGGAAAAGAGAUGUGCCAUAGAAGUCAACCUUAUGAAGGCUUAUGACUCGAUUAGAUGGGAAUUUGCCUUACAGGUUCUUAAGUUGUUUGGGUUUCCUGAUAUUUUUGUUGGACGGGUAGGGGAGUGCAUGAAAACUCCUAGAUUCUCGGUUGCUAUUAAUGGAAACCGACAAGAUGUCCAUCACUCACUUGAAGAAUGCCUUGGAGAUUUUCACAAGUUUGGCCGGUUUAGAGCAAAUCCCUCCGAGAGAAAUAUCUUCUUUUUUGGAAUCAAAGAUAAUGAGAAGAAUGAGCUUUUACAUGUGUUCGGGUUUGAAGAGGGCAAUCUUCCAAUGAAGUACUUAGGAGUCCCCCUAAUAACUAAGAAGUUAAGGUACACCGAGUGUAAGCCAUUUGUGGAUAAGAUCUUGGCAAGGAUCAACUCUUGGAAUAGUAAGUUUCUCUCCUAUACGGAUAUGAUUAUUCUUCUUAAAGCAGUCCUCUCGAGCAUUCAAAUGUAUUGCUCUUCCAUCAUCACCCUUCCUUCUAAAAUUCACGAGGAUAUUGAAGCUAGUUUGAGAGCUUUCCUUUGGUUGGGCCCGGAUAUGAAAAAGAACAAAGCUAAGAUUAGAUGGGAGGAUGUAUGUGCAUCAAGAGAGGAAUGGGGCUUAGGAAUUAUUAGAAGCAAUGAUUGGAACAAAGCAGUAAUGACGAGACAUCUCUGGAAUGUAAUUCAAAAUCAGAGUGCUUCCGGUUGGGUUGACUAG